AUGGCGCUCGUUUUGUCCCUCGCGGCUGGGAUUUGGGCGCAGAGCGUGAAUUUGGGCGGGACGUUCGUGUUGGCGUUUUUUAGGGUGCACACCGUGCCCGUCGUGGCGGCGGUUUUCGGCGCGGGCGUGGCGGUUUGGAAAUUCGCGUGCGCCACGUUCGUACGCGUCGCCGUGCUCGAGCGCGCGGUGGGAUCGACGAAUUUGUCAUCCUCGACGUUUAAGUUUUCGCUCGUGACGUUCGGGGAGGCGUGGGAUAUUUUAAAGGCGGCGAAAUCGUCGCUCGCGCGGUUGCUCGCGUGCGAUUUCAGGCGCACGCUCUCGCUCGCGUGGAACUCGUUGAUCACGAUCCCAAUUCCCUACCUUGGCGUCAUUCGCAUGCUCGAUUUCGCCAUCGCUGGCGCUGUGGUGAUUAAUGAGAGGGAGAAGUCGCCGAAGGAGGCGCUGAAGCGGUCGCAGGAGCUCAUGUACGGCUACCGUUUGCUCUUGCUUCGGACAGCUUUCCUGUGCUCCGUCGUCGCAUCCGUCCUGGUGGGUGGGGUGAUCGGAAUCUUCCUCUUACUCGUUCCGACGCUUCCAAAGGUAAUGUUACCACCGUUGGAUCCGGUGACGGGGACCGUCGCCACGGCGGACGCGUUAUCUGGGUUCAUCAACGGGGCCGCGUUCGAUCGCGUGUGGGUCAUGGGCACACCCGUCGAGCGCUUCGCCACAAUGGCCCUGCUCGUGUGCGGUUUGUCCAUGAGCUUUCUGUUCACUCUAGGUCUCAGAGAGCUCGUCAGCUUGUUUUACGCCGAAACGUCGGCGCGAUACGUGCCCCCGCCGCCCCCGAGCGAGUCCGCAAACGCCAGUGGCGACUCAUUCUGGAAGCGCGUCCAGUUUUGGAAGAAACCGAAGACGUCUUCGUCCUAG